UAUAAGCACAACACACAUUUUAAACAACUCAAUUUUAAAUUACUAACUUUGUUCAACAGAUGGCAGCACCAGCAGUUGGCAUCGAUCUUGGUACAACGUUCUCCUGUGUUGCAGUCUUCAGGAAUGGCAAGGUGGAGGUGAUACCCAACGCCGAAGGCAACCGCAUCACGCCGUCGUACGUGGCCUUCACGGACACCGAACGACUCGUCGGUGACGCCGCCAAGGCCCAGGACGCGGUCAACCCCGAAAACACCAUUUUCGAUGCCAAGCGGCUGAUUGGGCGUCGGUUCGACGACCCCGUGGUGCAAAAGGAUAUGAAGCAAUGGCCUUUCAAAGUAGUUGAAAAUGACGGCGGAAGGCCUAAAAUCGAAGUGACGUUUAAGGGUGAAACCAAGAGUUUCUUUCCUGAAGAAGUGAGUGCAAUGGUGCUGUCCUCACUCAAGGACCAAGCCGAGUCAUACCUCGGUGCGACGGUGCGCAACGCCGUGAUCACCGUGCCGGCGUACUUCAACGAUUCCCAGCGUCAGGCCACCAAAGACGCCGGCACCAUCGCAGGCCUCAACGUGCUACGCAUCAUCAACGAACCUACUGCUGCUGUUCUUGCUUACGGACUGGACAAAACCGAUGACGACGAAGAACGUAACGUGCUAAUUUUCGACUUGGGAGGCGGGACUUUUGACGUCUCUGUACUGACCAUAGAGGAAGGCAUCUACGAGGUCAGAGCUACCGCUGGCGACACUCACCUGGGCGGUGAAGAUUUCGACACUCGUAUGGUGGAAUAUUGUCUAAGUGAGUUUGAAAAGGAGCACGACAUAGAUUUGAGUGAAGACAAAAAAGCCCGGAUUAGAAUUAAGAACCAAUGUGAGCGCGCCAAGCGUAUUCUGUCUACAGCAAUGCAAGCAAGUAUUGAUAUCGCUGGACUGCAUGAAGGUGAAGAUUUUCACAUAAAUUUCACUCGAGCACAAUUCGAAGAGCUGAACAGGGACCAUUUUGAGAAGACUUUGGCACCUAUGGAGAAAGCAUUGCGCGAUGCCAAAAUAGACAAGGCAGAUAUCAACGAAGUCAUUCUUGUAGGAGGUUCGACCAGGAUUCCGUUUAUCCAAAAACUGGUGUUGGAUUUCUUUGAGGAUAAAGAGUUAAACAAGAGUGUGAAUCCUGACGAGGCCGUUGCGUACGGAGCGGCUGUGCAGGCGGCGAUUCUGGACGGGGAUCCUUCUGAAGUUAUCAUGGAUUUGGUGCUCGUGGACGUGGCGCCUCUGUCACUGGGAAUCAACACUAUUGGGAAUGUUAUGACAAAGUUGAUAGAACGGAAUACUACUAUCCCUACGAAAGCAACGCGGACUUUUACCACCGCAGUGGACAAUCAACAGCAGGUUCUCGUUCAAGUAUUCGAAGGCGAACGCAUAAUGACGCGUGAGAAUAAUCUUCUGGGUAAAUUUUCACUUACCGGUAUCCCGCCAGCCGCCAAGGGGGUUCCACAAAUUGACGUCACUUUCGAAAUUGACGAAGACGGAAUACUCAAUGUGUCAGCUGUCGAACUUAGCACGAAUAAAUCGAAAAACAUCACCAUAACGAAUGAUAAAGGCAGACUUUCCAAGCACCAGAUCGACAGAAUGGUCAAAGAAGCAGAAAUGUACAAAAAGGAAGAGGAACAAAUAAAAAUCUCUGCUGAAGCGAGAAAUUCACUGGAGUAUUAUUGCUACAGCAUGAGGUCGAAGGCGGAGAACAAAGCUUUCAAGGACCGCAUACAGCCGGAAACAAAGCAAGCAGUCUUGGACAAGUGCAAAGAGAUACUCGGUUGGCUCGGGGAGAACCAGCAGGCUACAGCCAAAGAACUCAAUAGUAAACUGAGUGAUCUCGAGAGAGUGUGCGUGCCAAUUAAGAAAUUGUAAUAAGGUCGAAAGUCGAAUAAAUAGUUCGACUUUGUAUUAAUAAUUACAACAAAGUAUUAAAGUUAUGUCACAAAAGAAAUAUAAAUUGGGAAUUUGACUAUGAUCAAACAGCAUUAAAUUCAAUUUAAAAAAACCAUUAAUACAUUUAGUAAAGCGGCUCAACUUCAGCCUGUCGUAACUGUAAGAGACAGAACUCACGAAGCGGUUUUGACUCGCGCCCGCUGCGGUUGCGGGACAGCUGUUUCAUUUCAACUGUCACGAUACCACAGGUUUGUGCGGUCACGUAGCCGCCGCGGUUGCGGAACGGCCCGCAAACUUGGCGGGAGACGCGAGGUUACUUACGAUCAAUUGAGAUCAUCAGUUAAGUCUCAGACGUCGCCAUGGACUCAUCAAAAACGAGCUAUCGCGUUAUACUUACUUCAUCGAAGGAUUAAAAGAAGGAGACCUAAAAGAUUCUGGGUGCAUCCUCUGAUUCAGGAAAGAGAUCGUUACGGAUUAUUCGUUGUUCCUAUUAAUGAGUUAAAAAAACAUGAAGACAAUUCUUUAAUUUUUUUCGGAUGGCCGUAUCUACUUAUUCAGAACUUUUAAGAAAAAUGGUAACUGGUAGUAAAUUAAUUGAUCGACUUCAACUCCGGCUGCGGUUGCGGCCGCCGCGAGCAACCGUCUCCGCUGCGGGCGUAAAACGCGUCGUGAGAUGUACUACUAAAUUUUGCAACCGCGGCGGGCGCGGGUGAAAACCACUCCAUGAGUUCUUAGCCUAAAGAUACCAGCUGAGUGAGAGGAUUCAUAAAUCUCUCACAAGAUGUCGCUUACUUAAACAUAACAAUAAUCUAUAACAUUCAUAGAAAAAUUGCGUCGACCUGCGACUUGUAGCUCAGUUGGCAGAGCGACGCUACGUGCAACGUGAUCACAGGUUAAGUCCUGUCGGGUCGAAACAAAAAAACAAAACAAACAAACAAAAGUUUUUCUUUGUGUUCGAUCACGAAGUUGUUUCGUAGUCAACAUAAAUAUUCAUGUAAAAUGUUGAAUUUCGGGGUCCAAAAGUAGCUUAUAAACU